ACACACACACACACACACACACAUACACAUACACAAACGCAUACACAUACACAUACACAUACACAUACACACACACACAAACUGACUGAAUGGCUGACUGACUGCUGCCGUCCUCCUUCCACCUUUUCCUCUUCUCUUGCUCUAUCCCUGCGCUAAUUCCACUCCCAUUCUUCUGCAGUCUCCCGCGCACAUACACGUACACACCGAUCCCCCUUUCUUCAUGGUCCAUCUUCCUAAAUGGAUAAAAUCCAGCCGCCAGACCCACUCAUCCUCUUCCUCCUCACCAUCUCCGCCUGAGACCCCAUCCCUCACAGCCCCUACCCUCUUCACACUUUUGUCUUCCAAGGCACGUCAAAAAGCGCCCCAGCGCCAACAGCGCAGGAUACUGUCUGCCGCACUUACCAUCCCAGAGGUCGUCCUAGCCAUCGCUGCAUUUCUCAAUCGUCCCUCUCUCCUCAGCUGUUCCUACGUUUGCAAGGACUGGUAUCUGAUCUUCCACCCCCUCCUUUUUCGCGUCGUUGAGGGCACUGACUUUGAUCAUCCGGAUUUCACCAGGGCCUUCAAAGACUAUACCCGUGCUGCAGCUUCGAUCGAGUGGAUCCAAGGGUCCUCAUUAGUCAUGCCCACAUCUAAGCAUCCCUGGUACCGACUCUUUUGCAAAAAGACCCUUAUCCCACCCAUCGUCACCAAUGAAAAGCUGUUCUCGCAGCUCGUUUCCAGCCUGCUGGCAGGUCCGACUCCCAAACUGAAGACGCUCUCUGUCAGGAUCCAUAAUCAUGACCCAAACCUUGUCCUGAACCUUUCUGCAAAAACCAUCUCCAAUCUACAGAUCAACACGAAGAGUUACCCUGGCAAGAAACCAAGGAUGUACAUGGAGGACAUCCUUCAAGCCUAUCCCAACCUCAUCCACUUGGUCCUGGAGGGACUCUUCUCACUGAGCUCACACCGUCUGGAGAACGAACAUUCGCACGGUGGAUCAUCGUCUUCCCCAUCAGUGCCUCCCGCUAUCUCUUCCUCCAAUGCAGCACUAUCAGUAUUACAUGUGCUUGGCGCAGGCUCAUCAUCGCAGAUGUCCCAGGCCUCAUAUCGCACCACUAGCAAUGACAACGCACAAGGAAAUGGGAUCAAGGACGAAGGCACAGUUCUUUCGUAUUCGAUCCGGACACUCAAGUUGCGUCUCGUCGACAUAUCUCAGGAAGGUCUGAUUGCGCUCUCGCCGCUGCUGCCAAACCUCACAAGUCUCCUAAUCGAAGAGUUCCUUGCGCCCAACAUGAUGGUUAAGAUUUAUCGCUGGACCUGGACUACCGAGUUUAUUCAUUCCCUCAAAGACGCUUUUCCUCACCUCCGCAGCCUACGCUUCGCCUUUCCGUUCGACAAUAUCAAGGAGGACACCAUCAUCGAGAUCUUGAGAUCCUUCCCGCUCCUGACGGAGGUGGGAUUCAGAAACUCUCAUUUUGGAAGGCGUGCUUUGGAGACACUGCAGGAGCACUGCAGACACGUCGUGAGCCUUGACAUCUCAUUCGCAUGCCCAGAGCGCGGUUUCAAGGGCGCGUUAAUUCGGUUCCUACAGACGUGGCCCCAGCUACGCGAGUUCAUCGCCGAUGGUAUGAUUUUCCAUCUUGACGAGCCUGAGGACGAUGGAGUGCUGAGAGUGCCCUGGGCAUGUACCAACCUGGAGAAGCUUGUCUGCGGGUUCCACGGGACGGAGCCGAUGAUAUUUGAGUACUUAUCCGCGUUUCCGAAGAUGUCCAACCUGACAAUCUCCUAUCCUCCCCUUUCCAUCUCCCCGGUCGAGUCAACGCUGGCUUGGAUAACAAAAUCAUCGAAAAUGGAGUACUUUUGGUUCGUACAGCACCGACAUCCCCCACUUGGCAAAUCCAGUGUCCGCUGGAUCCUCAAGCACUGGCCGAACUUGAAAAAGCUGCAUGUCGCUGGAGGGACGACCGAACAAAAGGAAACCGUGAAGCAGUGGUGUCGAGAUGCUCAUCGACUCAGUCUUGCCGUGGAGUAUGACCAUCGUAAAGUCCUAUAAUGAAUUCUUUAAAACCUUUG